CACCCCAGCCACAAUUCUCCCCUGACAAGUAAAGAACAGUCCCACAACCAGCAGCGACCACACUGCAGACCACAUCACUCCACAGCCUGUAGGACUUUACGAGGAGCACGUUAAUGCAUCACAGGGUAGUGCUGUAUUCGGGACUGUCGAUGAUCUCAGUCACAGGUGAAAGGAAAAGUACAGCGCAUAUCUACGAGGGACACGGAUCUGGAAACAAGUUUACCUGCUUGAGCUUUUUUCAUAUUUGAUUUCGUGGUACAGUGUUUCUGCUCGGCGCACCGACGAAACCAUGAAGUGGCUCCUCGUGUUAAGCGUCCUAUUAUCGUGUACAGGAAUGUCUGUGAGUUCCUCCUGCACAGUCGAGAUGAGCCCUUCAAGUGCUGUGGUGAAAUUUGGAGAUCCCCUCUCAGCCAACUGCAGCUCAUCAUCCAACCAGACAGCAUCAAUGGGCUGGGAGUCCAUAUUCGAAACAGUAGGACUUCAAAAAGGGGUGUCAUCUGUUCUCUUUAAAGUAGACUAUGUGGUACAUUGGGAUGUUGGACCAAUGUGCUUCAUCAAUCUCCAUGAUGGUACUCAGUGUGUAGAAUCCCUACCAGUCACUGUGUACAAACUGCCAGACAGUGUGUCGAUGACUCAGCCGGGUCAAUUGGGCCCCAUGAUCGAGGGUGAGAAGUAUCGCAUGUGGUGUGACAUUGUUAAUGUUGCACCAGUAGCAAAUGUCUCUGUGCACUGGUAUAAAGGGGAUCAGAUCAUCUAUACGGAGAAACAUGAGGGGUCCACUCCAUAUCCAGACAAUAUAUUGUCUGCCUUCGAUCUGACCGCCCAAAGAGGAGACAAUGGAACUCAGUUCUGGUGUGAAGCAAAGCUGGACCUUUUGCCACCAGUACCAAAUAUGCCCACGGUCCAAUCAAAGCCACAAGAAGUGAUUGUACUGUACUCCCCCGCCUUCACCCAGCCUGAAAAUGAGACGCUGGAAAUCUCAGAUGGUACUAAAAUCAUUUUAGAUUGCACUGCUACAGGAAACCCAACGCCGGUAUACAGCUGGCAUUUCCCACAUUCAGUACAACGGACAAAUACAAAGCAAGAUGAGAGUCAAGCCAUUCUAACCCCGUCCUUUGAGCUUCCAGGGACCUACCACUGCACAGCGUCAAACACCCAGGGCACCAUGACCAAAUAUUUCACUGUCGUCGAAGGUCCAAGGGAUCGCACAACCUUCGCAGCCUUGGUUGGAGGAUUUACGGCCCUGGGAGUCCUGCUCCUCAUCAGCGGUGUUUUUUUUGUGACACCUGAAGGAACGUUUUCUUGCAACAAAGGCAGCUAUCUCAAAGGACAGCCUACCUCAUCGGGACCUGUAUGAGGACAACUUUUUUUUAACUUAAAUUUAGCAUGGCUUUGUGAUGAACAUGGUGCCUUUUUUAAUGUUUUUUUUUUGUGCUUGGAUAUCACUUCUUUAAGGCGUGUGAGCAUGAUCUGCUCUGCGUGCUCAGUUGGCGGACUUCUGCUUGCGCUUGGCCGCUGCAGCUUUAAGAAUGCAUAAUCCUAUCAACUGUCUUUGAAGUGCCGCUCAUCAAUAUUGUUUUACUAACAAGUUAUUAUGUUAUUUAGGAAAAAAACAGGAUACACCGAUAAUGAGAGAGCACAUUAACAUACACUGCAGUAGCCUGGUUACUGUAAAUGUGUGUAUUCCUGCAGCACAGCCCCAAAAUAAUAUCUGGAAGCAUAACUCACUUAUUUUAAGUUUUGUAAUGAUGCUACUUCCUGACUGCUUCGCCCCGCAUUUAGACUUCUACAGGCUACUUUGAGUUUCAGUUUUAGUCUGACUUAAGAUGGCAUUAUUUUGUACUCUCCUUUCAUUGUGCCACUGUGGUGUCACAGCAGUGCGCUUUCGCUGUCUGAAAUCUGUGUCCUAACAAUGUGCAAAUAUAAAAAGCUGACUUUAAUCUGGUUACAUGGGUGCAUGCAAACACUCUGACUGAAUCAAAUUACUGUGGUACCCAGGAGCAUUAAUGCAAACCUCUAAUUAGCUCUUUAAGCUGUUUUUGUUUUGUGGCCAGCAAAUUUGCUGCAUGGGUCAAUCUGAGCUGCUCUCAUCAGCCACCAGCAGGAAGUGGUUUCCAGCAAAACCCACUGUAUGCUGCCUUUCCAGCUCCCAAGCAACUAAUGAAAUCUGAACAUGGAAAGACAUGAGAGUGGACACAAUACAUUUAUAAGCACAUUAUAGGUAAGGACAGUGGGUUUGACAGCUUGUUGGAAAGUUCUGCCUGCAUGUGGCCAAAAAACUAACGCUUGGGUUAUGCCUUUGGUCAGUCAGUAGCUGCACUCCUUGGGGAAAAAAAUACUACUAAAUACUUACUACUAAAUACUUACUGAAUAUGUCUGGUAAGUCAUAAUCAUGGUUAUUCAUGCUUGAAUGUGUCUAAACAGUACUGAUUCAGCAGCCAUUGUUGCUUUAUUUUUUGCAUUAAUUUGCUUUGGUACUCAUCAUUUUUUGAGUCUACAAACAGCACAAUAGAUCCAAACGGCAUUUUCAUCCACUCAGGUAUAUUUAGCUGUUUAAUUUUUUACGACAUACUUUCCAGACACAACGAUACAGCUCCAGUAAUUACUUGAGUGUGCUCUGACAACUGCAGCUGGGAACAGUGUUGAUAGUGCUAGGUUUUUAUUGUUAUUGUAUGGAUGGAUUCUUCUCAUUUCAUGUUCUAUAAGAUAAUUUUUUACCAAAUGAUAUUUUUUUACGCGCUGGUACAGCUCUGGAAUGUUGAAUUAUGUUUGCACUGAGAAUACUGACCAUGCCAUUUCUAUUGUGUACCAUCGAUUUCAUUUGCUAGAGACAAUUAGAUGCUUUUUUUUUUAAUUGCCCAAAAAUGAGCCAGUCAAUUAUGUAUUGGACAGUUUGUGUAAUUUGCCAGUAAAAAAAAAAAAAAAGAA